AUGGGAAAGGAAAUCGCAAAUGCUACACAGAUGUGGGGACCCGACACGAAGUACAAUCCUCGUCUAGCCCUGGCGCUGUCGAAUGCGAAACGAGCCUCCGUUCCGAAAACCAUUAUCGAGGCAGCAAUUGCUCGGGGACAAGGACUCAGUAUGUCGGGUCAAGCACUAGAAUCUGUGACAAUUGAAGCCAUGCUGCCUGGUUCGGUAGCUGCGGUUGUGGAGUGUCAAACGGAUCAGAAGGCGCGUGUGCUACAGGACGUUCGCUACAUGAUUAAAGACAAUGGAGGAAUCGUCACCCCAACUACAUUCCUCUUUGAGAGAAAGGGGAGAGUUGUUAUGGAGAAGAAAGAUGAUGCGAAUGUAGACGACUACUUGGACCAGGCGAUCGAAGCAGGAGCGGCCGAUAUCACCACGGAUGAUAAGGGUCGCCUCGUCAUCUUGACUGAUCCGUCGGAGACGAAAACCGUGGGCGAGACGUUUGCGAAACUGUCAGGUCUCAGCGUAGAGGAAUUGGAGAUCUUCUGGGAUCCCAACAAAGAUAGCAUGGUCGAGGUCAAGGACGAGGAACAGGUGAAAGAUCUUGAGGACCUCUUGAGUGCUCUUCGAGAAGACCCCAGUGUUCAAGAUAUAUAUCUUAACUCGAUAGAGAAGUACUGA